AAUUUAACAUAAAAAUGUCAAUAAAAUAACAACUAUAAUAUUUAGGAACACAUUAUUAAAGAUUAAUUAUAAUAUUACAAUAUUCUAUGAGUACAAUACUGACAACAUUAAAGAUUUGAGUUUCAGAUUUUCAUUUUGCACAAUUUGUCAAUUAUACAUUAUAAUCUAAAGGUAGUGAUAACAAGAAAAUGUUAACAAAAUGAUUACGAUUAAAAACAUGAUAUACUUUAUUUAGGUUAACAUAGUAAACAAUCAAAAUUUGAUAUCACAAUCAUAAUGCUUUAGUAUACAUCAUAAAAUAUUUAAAUCAUUAAUAUUCAACCUUUUUUAGGUUAAGCCACAAUAUUACAAAUAUAGAUUAUUUAUAAGUUAUAUUUUUUUGUGGCACGAAUAAUAUAAUAAUAUUUUUAUCCUAAUUGUGGUUACACCACGUUAAUGUUAACAUUAUCAUUUUAUUUUUUUUGAUUUUUUCGUUACCUAUACAAUAAUCGUAAAAUAAUUUAUUACGAAUAACGUUGGACUGAACACCAGUGAUCCUGAAAUUUAAUGGGCAGUUGGUUUUUACAUACGCCGUUUAAAUAAAGUUUCCAUUUUAUUUAAUGUUUUACACAUUCAACAACAGUCGGAUUUAUAAGCUGCCAAAUUCUGCCGGUUUAACGAGAAUAUCAAAACUUUUUAUGAUUAUUGUUGGUAACAAUUAAAUAUUAAUCGUGCUUGUAAUGAACUUUAUGUUUUGACGUUGAACUAUAUUCAGUUACUAUGCUUAAUUUUGCUAAAAUAAGGAUUCUUUUGAUUUUAAAGACUAAAUGGCAGAAUUGAAUAUAGUUAAUCAGAAAAGGAAAUUUUUCGAUCUCGAAAUUAUAGACGCAAGUUUCUUAAACGAUUUCGAUUAAAAAAAAACCAACAAUAGAAAAGGUUCUGGACGAAAUAAUAGAUCAGAUAAGAAACUCCACGACUAAGCUAACAUAACUAACACAUUUUCUACUGUUGUAGAAAAAUUAAUGCUACGGGGUCCGGCUACUUAUUAUUGAUUUUCGAUAUAAUAUAAAAUAAUAUUUUGUAUGAUGGAAAACAAAAAUACUAUUGCAAAAACCUUAUACCAUAUAAACUACAAUAGGUAGGUAAUAAUUACACAAAAUUGUAACGAAUAUAACUCACUAAUAAAAAUGAUAACUCAAGAAUUCAAUAUUUCAAUGUUUACCUACACAUGCGCAGAACAAUAACUCGGUCAUUGGCGGUUAUUUUGAGAAUCACUGUCAAUUAGUUGAAAUAAAAUUUGGGUUAAUUAUAGUAUUUAUAAGACCAUUAAUCGAUCGAAGGUAGUGAGAAUGGAUUGCUGUAACCGGAAGUGAUCAAUAUUAUGGUCACCUAACCGAAGGUUUUACAGACACUUAACAGUGUAUUAUAGAAUGAACCUCUGUUGUUUUGGAUUUAGGCCAAAUAUUAAAAUAUAAAUGUACAGACCGCAAGUUGAGUAUUACUGAUUUAAACCAUAUUAAAGUACUUUCUUUGGUACAAUCAUUUAAAUACAAUGCCACAAUAUUUAUUAAAUGAUAAUAGAUGUAUUAUAGUAUCUAUAAUCGUUAUCAAUAGUCACCAUGAUAUUUACUAUUUAGCAGUGUAUAAUCUUUAAUUAUGAUUUGUGAUAUUCAGAAAUAUUGAAUUAAUUCUUUGUAGCAUGGAAUAACUUCAUUUUUAUAUAAGCUAUUUUCUUCUCCGUGUGUUACUUUUAAAAUUGACAUUCCAUUUUUUAGAUAUUUUACUGCCGAUUCAGAAUUUUCAACAACAGAACAUAAUUUAAAUAGUUUCAUAUACAAAAUGCCUAAAGAAGGAUGACAUUCACCAUAAUACACCCUAAAAAAAAAAUUAAUAGGUUAUUUAUUACUUUAAAAAAAUAUUUAUAAAUAAAAUUUCAAAUGAUAUAGAUUUAAACGACUUAAUUUUAAUUAAUAAAAACUAGUAUUUACUUAUAUCCUUCAAUUAAAAGAAUGCCAUAUUUCAAGCUCUCUUUCCAUUGCUCCAUUUUUAUAGCACUUUCAAAAGCUAAAUCUAAAAUCUUAAUACGAUUGAUAUUAUUUGGAUGAAAAAUCCCAUUUUGUUUUUCUAGACAUAUUUUACAAACAUCAAGAUCUAAAAAGGUCAAUGGGAAAUAAUCACUUUUCUUUUUAUACAUAUACAAAAAAAUAAAUAUAUAAUUAUUGUUUAAUUGAAAAUAAAUAAAUGUGUAUAAAAAGGAUACAACCAAUAUCUCUCAUACGAUUUAAUUGAAAUUCAGUGAAAUCAGUAACAUCAAAAAACAUUUGAAUUCUAUCUUUGGUGACUUUUUCCAGACAUUUUGAACAGCUAACUGAAUCUGGAAUCUUCAGAAAUCAAUAAGUAAUUAAAAACAUUUUUAAACUAUUCUUAACAAUUAAUUAAAAUAAGUACAAGUUUAGUGUAAUACAAAUAACACACUUCUUUCUCUUUAUUUCCUAAAGGAAUUGCAGCUUUACAUUCAGCAUUAGUACAUAUCAUAGAAUUAACAAAUUGUUGUUCGUAAUUUGUUAUACAACGUUUACAUUCACACAAAAAAUAGUAAUUUGUUUGUAAUUCAUUUCGACGUUCUUCAGUGGUUUGCAUGAGUUCCAAAUAUGAUAUAUAUACAUGCUAUAAAUAUAUAAUUCAUUAAAAAUCUCAGUAACAAUAAAUAAUACAAUUUAUCAUAUCAGAAUCAAUUUUUGGCUAAUUGUGCUGUACACAUUACAAAAAAUUAGUUAAGUUGUAAAUAAAACUUAAUAUACAUACAUUUAGGAAAAUUAUCCAUAUAAAUAAUUUUAUAGAAAAAAGUCUUGCAUAUGUCAAUAUAGUAAAACAUAUGUUUACAUGUAUGGAAAUUAAAACCAAAUGUUACGUAUAAAUGAAAAAAAUCUAUUGUGAAUUUUCUUCUUUAAUUAAUGUUUUAUUAUUAUUUUUAGUUACCAGUUCUGGAUCAGUAUGUUCAAUAUCCAUUAUAGCACCAAUUCUUAAUGUAGUACCAUCAAAUGUUGCAGUUGCAUUAGGUACACAUGAAUGAUUUAAUACCGAAGCAGCAAGAUAUAUCCCUGUUCCAAUAGUGUUCAAGUUAUCAUCUAAUAUAUUAAAUGCAUUAAUACACAUCUGCAAAAGAAAUAAAUAAAAAAACAGUUAUUUAUACCUAAUAUCGAAAAAAAGUUAAUAUUUUAAAAUUCAAAGUAGGUAUAACAUUGUUCAUUUAAAAAAAUAUUAAGAUAGUAUCUAUAGAUAUAUUACUUGUUAAACCAUUAUACAGGGUAAUACUGUUAAAAAACUAAAUAUAUUCAAAUUUUUGUUGAGGAAGAAGAAAAAUGUAUUUUAAUUAUAUAUGAAAAAUGAUUGGUCUAGUGGUUUUUCUAAUUGUAACACAUUAGACAUUUUAUUAUUGGGUAUUCUUUAUUUUAUAUUUUGUUUAAAUCAGAUAGUAUCAUUAUACCAAGAAACAUAGAUUAUACAUAUUAUUUUUUAUAUUUUGUAAACUUUUACCACAAAGGUUUUUAUUAUAUAUUUUGAGUCUAAACAUUUUUUUUUUUAAUUUACUCACUCGACCGUAGAUUCCAAGUAAAUCUACUGCAUUAGGAAGAUUUGUUUCACCCAUAUAUUCUUUUAACACUUCACACAAAGUAGCAAAAUGUUCUAGCCGAUGAGAGUCAUUUUUUAAAUUAGGGUAAUCUAAAAUAAUAAAUCAAUUAAAUCUAAAUCACUCAUUUCAGUAUUAGAUGAAGAAAUAUGAUUACGUGACAUAAGAUCCUUGAAUGUUCUGUAACGAUUAGUUGUGUAGUAGCCUUUUUCUGUACAUCCUCCAUUCUGCAUAUUAAAUAUUGUCAUAAAAUAGAAUUUUUUUUAUAUAAUACUUUGUAAACAUUUAUUACGACCUUAAGCUUGAUUAUUAUUUUUGACAUAAUUCUUGCAGCAUCUGGUAUUGUUUUAGGAAGGAUUUUCUUCAUUUUAGCACAUUCUAGUUUAUGCUCAGCCCACGAUAACUUUUGGCAUGUACGAUUACAGUAGAGAACAUAUCCACAGCCUGAACAUCUAGAGAGGCUAGAACUAAAAUAUAACAGAAUAAAUGGGUACAAUAUUAAAUAUAAAAUAAGUGAGUGUAUCUAUAUAUAUAUUUGAUUUUGCUUACUCAGAAUAACAAUAAUCACAUUUUUCGUUUUUGAACGUGGACUUCAGUACAUGGAUGAAUGGUUUAUCAAUUAAAAUUGUGUCACCUUUUUUAAAGCAUUUUCUUUUUUUAUCCAUAGUUAAUCUGCAGUUACGUACUAAAUAAUAAAUAAUGCUGUCAAGAUCAAACAAGAAUACAUAUUUGAAUUACAAAGUGAUUGGGCAAUAACGUGCAUUCUGUCUCUGUAGCUUGUAACUGUGAUAUAACUUUCAGUACAAUGUUUUUUGUGUGAGGCAAUAUCACUAAAUCUUGCUAAUUGCACCUCCGUUUACAGGCUAGCGAAGUACCGACUGCGACGACGACCGACGACGAGCCGGUACGAAAAUAAAUACGUAAACGAUUAUAGUAUUGGUAUUGUGAUUUGAGAUUGUACCACAAUUCUUAAAAUACCGAUUAGCGUUGACGGCAUAUAAUAUUUAUAAAAUAUGUUAAAUCCAUAACCUAUAAUAAGUCCCGCCCUUUUUUUCAUAUCAGAUCACGGAAACCGCGGAAGUCAGGUACUUCCUAUCAAGAUUAACCUCUUAUAGUCUAAUUCAAUAUCCACAAAUUUAUAUUAUAUAAUGUCAAUGCGUUAUAAAACGUUUUUAAAAAAUAUCUGCUUAAAUAUUUCUGGUGCAUCUAUCGGCAGAAGAAAAAUGAACAUUAUCAACGACUCUGAUCAGCAUUCAGCUUACAAUGUAAGUAAAAUUACCAUGUAUGUUUGCCGAUAAGAUUUUUGGUGAAACAUGGUAUUUUUUUUAUAUAAUUAUACACUUGGUACCUGGUACCUAUUUAAAACAUACGCACACCUGUUGAAAACGAUCAUCUCAUGAUUGUCCCUUUUUUAAACGGAUUUACUGUUUGAUACUUCAUGGUCAAAUUUUCAGACAUUGUACCAUUUUUAAGCUAUUUAUAGACUUUUAAAAGCAAGAUUUUAUAUGUAAUUUGUAUUUGGUAUGUACUCUAUGGAUAUCUUUGUUAGACCGAACAAAAAUGAUUCAAAAUUUAAUACAAGAUUUUUUAUAAGUUGUACUUAGUGCCUAGCAAAAAAAAAUUGAGUUUAACAUGGUAUAUUUUUUUUUUAAUAGAAUUUUAAUAUAAAAUUUUGAUGAUAAUAGUAAAUAUUACGACCUUUUAAUACAUGUUUAACUGAACUCUGCUUAGAAUAUUUUUUAAUUAGUAAUGAUUGAUCAUUGCAUAAAGAUGAACAUUAAAUUCUCCUCUAUAUCCUACCUUCCCAACUUCUCACCUACAACAGUGGCCCACCCAUCAUACCAAAUAUAUCAGUUUAUUUUGUAGCUAAAUUUAUGAUUGCUUUCUAAUGAUUUUCCAAUAAUUAUAUAAUUCACAAAUUUAUUUAUGUAUUUUAUAGAUUAACUAAUUAUAAAAUUAAAAGUAUUUUAAAAGUUAAUAUAUUUUUAGAGAGCAUGGGAGGGGGCAAUAGGAUAUUCCAUUCACUAUUUCUUUAAAAGUUAUUAUAAACAAAAUUUAAUUACAGUUUACAUUGGAUUAAGUUAGUUAUUUACUAUGUGUAAUAUAAACACUGCACCAACCUAACCAAUUAUAUUGUGUUGAUGGCUCAUGGAUUUAUGCACCUAUAGAUCUAAUUUAUUUUUAGUACCUAUUCAAUACAAUUUUUAUAAACUGAUAAUCUGACAUAGUUCUUUCAGUUGUCCAUAAAUAUCUAUAUUAAUAUAUUAUACUUGGUUUAAUAAUUUGUUUCAGGUAUUUUUAAUUUAAAAUAAAUUAGUAUUUAUCUACCUAUUUAAUAAUUUAAUUUCAGCAACCAAUAGAUUUCAAUUAGAUUUAGUCUAGUUCUUACAAUGUCCCGUAAAGAUUAGCUUAGGUUAAGUUAACUGAUAGAAUUUUAACAGUUUUUGAAAAAUUUAACCACCAAUUAGUGCUUAUCAGACAUUUUAAUACCUAACAGGUCUUAGCUACUUGACUGAAUUAAGUACUGAACUUUUUUAUUUUUAUUAAUAAUAUGAAUGAUGAAUAAAUAUCUCAAUUUAUAAAUAUAUUUAUACUUACUCAUUAUUCAUUCUUAAAAUGAAUAUUAAGUACAUUAUUUAUAUAAAAAAAAAAUGAAAACCAUGUAGCUAUUCUCACUAACAUAUAUGUGUUUGUUUAUUUGAUUUUUAAACUGAGUUUAUGGCUAAUAACCGACCACAGUUGGUCAAUUAUCUUAUAAACUCUAUUUAAAAAUCAAUGUUUUUGUUGGUGAGAAUGGACCUUAAGUUCUUAUAUUCAAUAGAAAUUUAUUACAACUUUUGAAGAUCAGCAUGUUUGUAUUGUUGUAACCAGUACCUUAAACUUAAAAAUAAAACAUCUCAUUAAUGAGUUACAGGAAUUAAAUAUUGUCUUGUAUAAUCCAAAAAUACAGUGUAAUUUUAAUAAUUAGAGCUCAGGACUUAUUGCUCAUAUAAACAUUAAAAAAAAAAAAAAAAAAAUACUUUUAAAGGCAAACAUGGUAGAUGACUAAUAGUCCCUCCUCUAAUAACUCUAACUUGUAAAAUACAAUUGUCACACACUACACAAAUGAUUAAUACAAUAUAGUUUAUUUUAAAAUAUAUAUGUGAUGUUACUUGUUAUCUAUUUAGUAUCACUUUUUAAGUAUGGUUCACUAAUUUAUGAAAUCUAAAAACAAUUAUUCAGUACUAUUCAAUUUAACAUAAUAAUUAAUAAUUAUAUUUUUAAUAAUAUAGAAUGCAGUUAAAAUGUUGAACUCUUUGCAAAGUAUUAAUACUGUAUUAACCCGUCAUCCAAAUAAAAGCAAAUUAGAACAGGUGAACACAUUUUUAAAUAGGUAAAUUGUAAAUAAUAUAGUUAUUACUAUUAAACAUGUAUAAACACAAUUUAAUAGUGUUUAUUUGGUGUUAGUAGUUUCUAGUUAUAAUGUAAAUUGUUCUGAAGGCUAUAAAUGAAAACAGAUGCAGUGUGAGUGAUGGAGAUUUGGACAAACUUUCAGUCAUUCAUGUUGCUGGUACAAAAGGAAAAGGAUCAACUUGUGCAUUUUGUGAAAAAUUAUUGUCUACAAGAGGUUAUCGUACUGGUUUAUUUACUUCUCCACACUUAAUAUCAGUCAAGGAAAGAUUUCAAAUUAAUGGACAAGUUAUUUCUGAUGAAAUGUUUGUGUUUUAUUUUUGGAAUAUUUUUAAUACACUAGUAUCUACAAAAGUAAGUUCUUUUUUUUCACAAUGUUUAAUCAAGUAAUUAUAUUUAGUUUAUAUAAAUUUGUAGCACUGAAUGAAAUAUAUUAUAAAUAUGAACUAUCGCAUAUUAUAUUGCCGUAAUUAUAGUGGUAUUAAUUGCAAUAUAUAUAGAUUUUUGUAAAAUUGUGCUAUAAAUUAACAAUGCUUAUAAUUUUGUCUAAUUGAUUUGCUUGGUCUUAUCUGGUUUCAAUACAUAGUCAGUUAAAUAAAAGUGAUCAGUGUCAGUGUUUGUAAUUGACAAUAAUAAAUUAUUUUCAAUGAGUAUAAAAAUAAUUAAAUUAAUUGGUUAUGAAUAUCUUAAAAGGGGCAAUCAAAAAAACUAAUAAAAAUAAUAGUUUAAUUGAACAAAACUAAAAAUUAGAGUUUUUUUUUUUGUUAGUGAGCUGUUACUGUUGCCAAAAAAUGUCAGAUUUGUCAAUACUACUAUACAUUGAGUCAGAAAUAGUUUUGGUUACCAUAAUAUUUUUAGACCAUAUCCGGACUUCAGUUUGAAAAACAAAUAAUAUAAUAUAAUAAAAAAAUGCGAUAAUAUUAGUAAGACAACAUUUAUUAAUAUGUUAAUCAUCUAUUUCAUGUCAACAAUGAUAAUAAUGGGUGAUGUCCCGGAAAAAGUAUGGACAAAAAAAGAAAUUACAAAUUAUUCAAUUAUACAUAUACAGAGUGUAACACAAAUAUCUGACAUAUGAUAUAACUUUUAGACUGAUAUAGUCGUGUUUUUUGAUUACUUUUCUAAAGUCCGAACUGUUAUGACGAAAUCUGGAGGUAUGGUAACUCUAGAAAUAGUUAAAGAAAGAUAUAAGGUGGGAAGAACUUGUUCAUAUAUUAGCUAUGAUUAAAUCUAGAGAAAAAUGGUUUUGUUAAAAAAUAGGCUCAUUAUUUACAUUACAGUGUAUUCACUUAUAACUAUCAUAUUCUGUACAUGUAUAUUCACUUUUAUAUUGUGUACUAUUAUUAUUACAAAAAUUAUUUAAUUAUAAAAUAAUAAAAUGAUGUUUUAAAUUUUUAGUAGUUUUAAUAGGUAUUUAAUUGCAUAACAAAAUAAGGUACCUAUCGUAUUUUUAUUAAAUUGUUUCACAUAUUCAUAUAGUAUUACAUGAAAUAUAUUAAUUUUAAUGGCUCCUUGGUAAGUACCCAAUAUAUAUUGCUCCUGAGCAGUUCUGAUCCUUAAUCCAGCCCAAAUUAUAUAUGAAAUAGAAAUUUAAUAAAUAAUUUCACUUAAUUUCAAUAUUUGUUAGUUGUAACUUCUUAUUAUUACAGAGAUCUGGAGAAGAUUUACCAUCUUAUUUUAUGUUUUUAACUUUAAUGGCAUUUACAAUUUUUAUUAAAGAAAAAGUGGAUGUUGCAAUUAUAGAAACUGGAAUUGGAGGUGAAUAUGAUUGCACAAAUAUAUUAAGGUAAAUUAGAUAAAUUCAAAAUCUGUUAUCAAAACUGCUUAAUAAACAUUUACUAGUUUAAAAGUUUUAAUUAUUGUAUUCUUAUUUUAUUUAUUUUGAUGCUAUACUAGUUUCAACAUUUUCAAAACUUACUAAUUUUACUGGUAUAUAUAAUUAUAACUAAGAUUUUGUUAGUUAACAAGAAUAUAUAAAAAAAACAUGCAAGUUGUUUUAAGAAAUAAUAUGGCUAAUAGUUCUUCUUUUCCUUCGCCUUUAUUUUAUCUUUUUAUGGUUGAUUACCCUCUUCCUAAUUUUCCACUUGACCCAAUUCCUGACAUCAUUCUCACAAAAACACACACUAUCCUAAUAUCAUUCUCAAUCGCGUCCAACUUCCUCUUUUUUAGUUUUCCUUUUCCCCUCUUUCCUGCUAUGAUUAUUCUCAUCACAAUUCUUAUUGCUUCUGAUUCCUCUCUUCUCAUGACAUACCCAAACCAUUAAAGUCUACUUUCCCUCCUUUUGCAUACUGUCGAAGCCAAGCUUAAGCAAGCUCGUAUGUAUUAAUUAUUUAUUUUCUCUCGUCACUCCAUUCAUUCUUCUAAACAUUUUCAUCUUUCCUGCACUCAUUCUUCCAUUUAAGUCUCAUUGAAAUUAUCUUGUUACUUAAAACACCCGAAGCUUCUCUCCAUUUUAUCCAACCACACUUAAUACUAUAUUUCAUAUCCUCGUCAAAGUUAACGUUAUUUUGUACAAAAAAUCCUUUGUGCUUAAAUCUCUCAACAUUACCUAUUGUUGUUAGCUUACUUGUUUUCUUCUUCCAAACUCAUACUUAGAAUGUUCGUAAUAAAUCAUGCAAACAUCAGUUAUUUGGUUAAUAAUUGUUUACAGAAAAACAUCAAUUGUUGGAAUUACAUCAUUAGGAUUUGAUCACACAACUGUACUAGGAAAUAGUCUACAAGAAAUAGCAUGGCAAAAAAGUGGAAUAAUGAAGCCAAGUUCUGUGUCAAUUGUUACAAAUAAUCAACCUAAAGAAACAAUUCAAACAUUAAUUGAACGUAGCAUAGAAAAACAGGUAAAGUUCUGGUUUUAAAAAAAAAUGUUAUCGUAACAUUUUGUGUAGGAAGGCAUAGAACAAUAAUGUUCUUUGAUAUAUGUGUAAGCAUGUAAAUAUAAUUUUAAAUUUGUUUCUUAAAAUUUUACUAAACCUAAUACCUGGUGAAAUCAACUAAUUUUUUUCGAACUCUUAUCUCUUAUCUGAUUUUAAAUUAUUGCCUUAAUAUAAAUUCAAAAACUUUUUUCCUAUGUCUCUAAAAAAAAUGAUCUAAUUAACUAGCGGACUAAUUUAUUUAUGCAUACAGGUUACUCUCAUAAAUUUGAUUGAAUUUAAUUAAAUUAAGUAGUUUUUUUUAGUUUUAAUUAUUUUACCUUAUUCUUUAGUUAUGUUUUGCAGAUAACCUCAGGGGAACUUAUAAUACUCCGGGGUUAACAAACCCAGGGCCCCGAACUCUUACUGGUGGAAUGUCCAGGUGGGUGAUACCAGUAGGCACAGUAAGCAUUUGGUAUUGUAUCUGUUGAAUAGAGGAAAUUUCCCUUAUAGUUGUCAAUACCAUUUUCCCUGUUAGAAAAUAGACAAAUGGUUUGGGUAUGUCAUGAGAAGGAAAGAACUAGAAACAGUAAAAAUUAAAAUGAAAAUAAAUGUAGUGGGAGGGAGAGAAAGAUUAAAAAAAUAGGAGGUUGGAUGUGAUUGUAAAUGGUAUAAAGACAAUUGGUAAGGUGUAAGGUGAAAUCAAGUCUAGUGGAAGUUUAGGUUCAUGGUGGUUGACCCUAAAUAAUUAAUGUAGAAGCUAUAGUAUUGCACAUGUUGUAUAUUAGUUACAUUUUUUUGUAUAUUUCUAUUUUAUUAAUCAACAUAUAACUAUUUAAUUUGCUAUAGGACUCUAUCUGCUAUCUAGUUUAUCUAAAUAUAUAUUAAAAAAUAUUUGGUGCAUAGGUUAGAACUAACUUUUAAAUAACACAAGUUCUGUACCUAUUUAAAAUAAUACUGUCAAUAUAAUUUUAUUCAUAAUAACUACUUAAUAUUUAUUUUAUUUCAGUCUAUGUUAUUAGAAGCUCCGCCAUUCAAUAGCUAUAAUUGGAAUGGAAAUACUACAAAAUUAAGAGUUUUAAGUCCUGUGCAACAGAUAAAUACUUCAUUAGCUAUUCAACUUGCAAAUGCAUGGAUCAAUCGUAAUAAUAUUCAUGGUUAGUAUUUUCAUUAAGAACUAUCGAUUUUGGUCAGGUUAUUGAUGUUUUGAAGUAUAUUUGUACAACAACCACAGAAUAGGUUUGGUGGUUUUGUAGAUGCUUUGAUGUUUAUUGAUUUUUACAUUGAAAAAUAUAUAUAGAUAUAUGGCCCAUUUAAUAAAAACUAUGAUUCUUAUAAUUUUAUGUAAACAAUUUAUAAAACUAAUAAAACUUAAAAUGUAUAUAUGAUAUAUAAAAUUUAAAAUAAAACAUAAUUUAAUACUUUCACCAAAAGUUUUAGAACUUUUAAUCUAGUCUCUUGUUAUAGUAAGUACUGGAUUGUAUUGCAAUCUUUGUCAGAUAAUUUAAUCAGAAAAUUUCUUUUUUCAGUGUGCAAGAGAUAAAAAUUGUAUUAAAAUCUAUUAAUUAAAUACAAUUUGUUUUACUAUUUAUUAUUAAUUUUUAAAUAUGAAAUUAGUUGUUUGAAAAUUGGAUAUUAAUUUAUAAAAGCUAUGUUAUAUAUUGAAAACCACUGUCUAAUUGCAUUAUUAGUCACAUUGUUAUUGUUUCAUCAAGUGAUUUGGUACAAACUAUAUUUAAUUUUAUGAAGAAUAGUUAAGAUUGUACUAUAUUAUAUUUCUUUAAAAUAUGAUCAAAUAAUAUUUAUGGUUAUGGAUAGUAAAACAUUUGUCUAGUGAACAAGCUGCAUUAUUCAAUACUAGAAAAAUGAUUUUUUGCAUGGAUUUAAUUUUAAUUACACUGUUAUGUGUGCAUCACAUUAGUAACAUACUUAAAUAAAAUUAUGUAAUAAACCAAAAUUAAUUUUAAGCAUUAUUUUCAUUUUUAAUUUAUCAAUGUAUAAGAUCAUUGUAUUUUUCUUUUAAUCACAUUAAAUUAUUUUUUAUAAUUAAUGUAUGUAUUGUCUAUAAUUUAAUAUUUUUUUAAUUAUGGGUCUCUUUAAAUUUUGUAUUGCAUCAAUAAUCUCUCCUGUUGAAUUAUGUACUUUUUACUAUUUUUUCUUACUAAAUAAAAUAUAUUUCUUAAGAUUGUUAUUUAACUAUGAAGAAAGAUAUAUAUAUAUAAGUAUAUUUUUUUGAGAGGGCUUAAUAAGGAUUGUAAAUUUGUCUAGAAUGGUCAAAAAUAUGUAACAUUGGGUUAAAUGGUAUUAAGCAAGCACCAAUUUGGAAAAUUACUAAAGAAGAUCAACGAGCUUUAAGUGAUGUUCAUUGGCUUGGACGCAAUCAAAUUUUAAAUAUAACUCCAAAUUUAACAUAUUUCUUAGAUGGAGCGCAUACAAUUGAAAGUAUACAAUUAUGUAGUCAAUGGUACUUAAAUCAUUAUCCAAAAACACAAACGUAAGUUAAUAUUAUAUAAUUAUUAUAAUUUUGAACACAAAAAUUAUUUUUAUGUUAUAAUGACAAUUUGUAUAAUUAUUAUAUAAUUGUACAAAUUGUGUGGUACAUUCAUUAUUCUGAAGUUAACAAUUUUAUUUGUAACAAUGAUUUAUUUUUUUUAGGUGUAUAAAAAAUAUUUUAUUAUUCAAUGUCACAGCUCAAAGAGAUUACAAUACAUUUUUAAAAAUAUUAUUAACUGAAAACAAAAUAGAUUUAAUUUUGUUAUGUCCAAUUUUUACAUCUAUUUGUAGUCAUCGCCCAGGUAAAUAGGUCUUAAUAUUAAUUGUUAUCUUUAAUUUUCUUUCUACAUAUUUGUUACGAGUACUGUAUUAUUAGAUUUCACAUCUGGAAUUGCAUUUGGAAUUGCAAACCAUUACAAGGUUCUCUUAAGAAACAUGAUUAAAUUGUAAAUACUAAACAUCAGUUUAUUGAAUACAAACAAUGUAUCCUAAUUAUUUAAAAUUGUAAUAAUAAUAAUAAUGUUUUAUUUUACUUUUCAUGUAUCAAAUAUGCAAAUAAAACAAUUUAUAGAAAUUAAAAAUAAUAUAUGCUAAAUUAAUAAAUUGUAACUUAUUUUCAGGUCACCCAUUUAUUUUUUAACCCAGGAAGAUUGGAAGUGUCAUAGGCCUGUCUUAACUAAUUCUAUACAUUUAUUUUUUUCAGAUACUAUAAAUUUGAAUUUAAUUUACCAAGAUGAAUUAAUUAAAUGUCAUAACAUGAAAAAUACCAUAAAUUUCUGUAAUAUAGAAGUGUUUAAUUCAGUAGAACAAACAAUCAAACACAUAGAAUUGUGCAGUUCUUCUGAAAAAAACAUAUUUUAUCAAGUUUUAGUUACUGGUUCGUUAAAACUUGUCGGUGGUGUUUUAGAAGUCCUCCAAUCAUGAAAUAUUGUAUCUAUUUAAAUGUAAUUUGUUUGAAUUGUUCUAUAUGUUAUAUUUUUAUACUAUAAUUAACCCAAAAUAUAAAUGUUUUUAUGGUUUACGAGUAUUUAUCCAUUCACCCAAAUGUAUAUUAAGAUUAUUUGUGAAUUUUAAACAAUGUGCAUUGUAUUUAUAUUUUAAAUAUAAAUCAAUGCUUAAGUA